CACUUCUCCCUCUCGCUGCCUCCCCUCCUCCCCCCUCGUUUCUUAUGAGCUCUGCUGGGCCCCUGACUCCUCCUUGGCCUUCCAGCAUCCAACGGCCAGGAGCCCACUUUCAUGGCCAGCCCUGGGGAGGCGCAGGAGGAGGAAGGGGAGACAGAGGGGGGCCCCGUGGGGCCAUGGGCAGCCAUGCUGGCGCAGGCCCAGGAGCUGUUUCUGCUGUGUGACAAGGAGGCCAAGGGUUUCAUCACCCGGCACGACCUGCAGGGCCUGCAGAAUGAACUGCUCCUCACGCCAGAACAGCUAGAGGCUGUGUUUGAAAGUCUGGACCAGGCCCGCACGGGUUUCCUCACUGCCCGAGAGUUCUGCCUGGGCCUGGGGAAGUUUGUGGGCGUGGAGUCGGCCCAGGGCACACUGCCCUCCCGGGCUUCUGAGGAAACCUUUGAGUCGGGCUGGUCCGAGGUGCAAGGCACGGGGGGCUCCCUGGAGGAGGCGGAGGAGGAGAGAUUCACCGCUGCGCUGGAGCAGCUGGGGGUGGCCCAGGCCCUGAGCCAGCAGCGCGCGGUGCGAAGGCUCUGGGUCCGGCUGCAGCGCGAGCGGCCCGAGCUGCUGGGAUACUUCGAGGACGUCCUGAUGCGUGCGUCGGCCUGCCUGGAGGAGGCGGCCCGAGAGCGAGAUGGCCUGGAGCAGGCGCUGCGGCGAGACGUGGUCGCUGUCUCAAGGAACAUGCAGAAAGAGAAGCUCAGCCUCCUGCGGCAGCUGGAGCUACUCAGGGAACUGAACACGAGGCUGCGAGACGAAAGGGACGCCUGUGAGACCAAGCAGCUGGUCAGUGGCUCCAGGAAGGCUCUGGCCUCGGCCCACCUGCCAGGGCCCACCUGCCACUGCUGCUGCUGCUGCUGCAGCAACUGGGCUCGACCCCACAGACACGGGUCAGGCCACCUUCCCAGUGCCCGAUGACCGGCCCCAAGUGACUCGCUGGGCGUCACCUGGAGAAACGGCCCUUUGAAAGGGACUCGCGGGCCGCCUGGCCUGCCUGCCUGCGAACAUGAGGGAGCUAACGCCGGGCUGGUCAGGCUCCCCUCUGCCCC